AUGGAGAAGGAGAACGAUGAGCCAACUAAGGGACACGACAAUACGUUUAGCUUACAGAAUGUUCUGUUCAUUGUCAAAGUCUCAGCCGUCCUAGCCUUCACCGGUUACUGUGGUUACCCGACGAUUAUAAAUGUACUCGACGGCGUUGACCUUUGGUUCGGUUGGUUCCGUUUGGUUCUAAGAAACGUUUUCUUCAUCUUCAUCAUCCUAAACGCUCUCAUAGGCGCGAUAUACUUUAGCUUCCUCAAAACCACCGAAAAAAAGAAACAAGAUCUCUAUGAUGAAUAUAUCGCCGCCGUGCCCACCGUCGUCCGUUCCUCCCCGGAGACGUCUUCUGCCCUGAUGGAGGUUGGAGACUACGGUGGUGAAUAUUAUAAUAAGUCAAGUUACUACAAGACUGUGCCACCGUGUCAAGCGGUUAAUACGGUUGAGGAGAGUAAAUGUUAUGAACGAGUAGUGGUGGAGACGAGCUCUAAGAGUUAUAGGAAGACGACGAGUUUGGAGAAGAAGAAGAAGAGGUCGACGGUGGAGUAUCGAAGGACGGAGUCAGAGAGAGUACUGGUGAAAACGGCGUCGUGGAGGUCGCAUGCGAUGGAUGAGCUGAGCAGCGAGGAGUUUCGUAUGAAGGUGGAGACAUUUAUCACGGGGUACAAGAAGAAAAUGAAUUGCCAAAACGGCGUCGCUGAUCACUGGGGAAACGGAGUCUCUCGGUUUCAAAACGGCAGCGUUGACCAGUGGCAGAACUGUGUCCCCCAGUUGCAAGAUCAGCCUUAUUACGAUGGAACUGAUCGUCGUCGUCAUCGUAGUCGUAGGCUCGUGGGUGGUUCUGGCUCUACUGGUAGUGGUGGUCCGUACUUGGCCAUUUCGAAUUAG